AUGGCGACUACUACGGCAAACGACGUAGACAGAGUUCCUAGCGGGGGUUCUAGCGUAGCUGUACUAACGGCAAACGAAGUUAAUCAAUAUAAUGUACAUGGUUAUGAUCUAGAACGUGGUGACUCACCGAAUAAUUAUGAAGCAUGUUAUAAGGGAAACGACAAUGGUCUAAAUAGCAUAAAAGACUUUGCCGGGCUUGCUACAGAUGAAUAUGUUGAAGAUAUUAUAACUUUGAAGGAGUUUUAUAGUAGAAAAAUCAAACAUAAGUUUACAGUAAAUGGUGCAUUCAGAUAUUGUUUCUCAUUGUUCCCUUUGGUAGCUUGGAUACCGCACUAUAACCUUGUAUGGUUAUAUUGUGACUUCGUGGCGGGUAUUACCGUUGGGUGUGUUUUAAUACCGCAAUCAAUGUCAUAUGCUCAAUUGGCUGGCUUAUCGCCAGAAUAUGGACUUUAUUCGUCUUUUGUGGGGGCCCUAAUAUACUCUUUUUUUGCAACCAGUAAAGAUAUCUGUAUCGGUCCAGUUGCGGUUAUGUCUCUAAUGGUCGGAAGAGUUAUAGAGAAGAUCUUGAGUGAACUUCCCGAAGGUUCGCUGAUAACCGCUCCCAUAAUUGCGACCACGUUGUCGCUAUGUUGUGGUUUAAUAACUACCGCCAUCGGUUUAUUACGCUUCGGGUUUGUAGUAGAAUUUAUAUCAUUAAACGCUAUAUUGGGAUUUGUCACUGGGGCAGGGCUGAGUAUUAUCACAUCACAGUUGCCAAGUUUAAUGGGGGUUCCUAAACCUCCCAAAGGUUCAACAUUAGUAUCUUUUAUCUCAUUUCUCAAAAACAUUCCUCAAACUAGGAUGGAUGCCGUGUUUGGAAUAUUAACUCUAUUUGUAUUGUAUUUUUGGAGAUGGAUUGCUGGCAGCGUUGGACCAAAGUUGGUUAAAAGAUCACUCCCACCAGGUUCAAGGGCAUCAGAAUUCUGGAAAGAUUUUUUCUUUUAUGCAGACGCAACAAGAAGUGUUAUAACAAUUAUAGUAGGUACCGUCGUAUCUUGGCUUAUAACUAGAGGGAAACAAGAGAAAUUGCCAAUAGCAAUACUUGGUUUCGUCCCAUCUGGAUUACAAAAUGUAGGUCUAAUGAAAAUACCAGAUGGGUUACUAUCGAAAAUUGCCCCGGAGGCAUUCGCAGCAACAUUAGUGUUACUAUUGGAACACCUUGCUAUCGGGAAAUCUUUUGCCAGAGUAAACAAUUACACGAUUUCUCCUGAUCAGGAAUUGGUUGCCAUUGGAGCUACCAACUUACUUGGCACGUUCUUCAAUGCUUAUCCAGCCACUGGAUCUUUCUCGAGAACUGCACUAAAGUCCAAAUGUAAGGUAAAAACACCUAUUUCUGGUGUUUUCAGUGGUGGAUUUGUGUUGUUCGCGUUAUAUUUACUCACGGACGCUUUUUACUAUAUUCCAAAAUCUGCUCUGGCAGCAGUGAUAAUACAUGCCGUGGCAGACUUGAUUUCCUCACACAAGACUGCUGUACGGUUUUGGAAGUUAAGUCCGCUGGAUGCCGUGAGUUUCUUAGCUACCAUAAUAAUAACUAUUACAGUGGAGAUUGAAAUGGGGAUAUAUUUUGCAAUUGGAUGGUCAUUGGUAGUCAUGCUGUUAGGAGUUAUAUUUCCAAGUGGAAAGUUCAUGGGUUAUGUGAAAGUGACAGAAAUAGUGAACCCAAGUAGGAACACGGAUACUUCCUCAGCAUUUACUUCAACUGACGGAUCUGUCAAAAUAGAACAGGAUUCUAACCUGAUUACUUCAACGCCCGAUCCACAGGUACAACAGCAUACCAAAUGGGUUCCACUGGAUAACUCAUACUCAAGAGAGCUUAACCCUAGUAUUGUAGUAAAUGAGCCACCACCUGGAGUUAUUGUUUACCGUCCAACAGAGUCGUUCAUAUAUCUCAACUCCUCUAGACAGAUCGACACUAUACUAGCGAAAGUUAAGAAACUAACCAAACCGAAGAAAAUAAAGGUGGUUUCGAAUAAAGAAAAGAAAUGGUGCGAUUGCCGUCCACCAAAUUUUGUACUAAAACUGACGGGUGAGCUGAAUACCAACUCAGACUUUUCAACAGAUAACAUCGAUGACAGGCCAACGCUUAAGAUACUUGCGAUGGAUUGGUCACAGGUAACUCAAGUCGAUGCAACAGCAAUACAGAAUUUAGUAGACCUGAGAAAGAGCAUAGAAACUUAUGUGGGGAGGCAGGUUCAGUUUCAUUUUAGUGGAAUACUAUCACCAUGGAUUAAGCGUUCCCUUAUUAAUGCAGGCUUCGGCCAACCUAAGGACCAGCAAAGUCUGAACUCUGCAUGUUCGAGGUUCUAUUGUUAUGACGUUGUAGACUUAAAUGACCCGCAAAAAUCAGAUCACCGACCCUCGCACAAUUUAAAACCUGCAUUGGGCUCAAAUAUGCCUUUCUUCCAUCUUGAGAUGCCAGAUUUUAGCACGUGGCGUCUUGAAGAAGAACAAUCUCUCUAA